AUUUUAAAUUGUUUAGCAAAAUAAAUCAAACAAACAAAUUUCAGUUCAAGUUGAUUGAAAAUAUUCAGUGUAUUUACAUUAUAAAAUUGUGCUAAUAGAUGCUACAUACAUUCAAUCUCGCUUGAUUUCGCAAGCUUUGAAAUAAUGAAGCUGAAUCAAUUUACUCGUAAUAGCCAAGCCCUACUUAAUAAGUGUGGAAAUUUGAAUUGAGUUGUCGCCAUGAAACUGCCACUUAGCCAGCAGAAAGGCUUCUUUGCCGAGUACUAUCUAAAGCUGCGCGAAGUUGGAGCUGCCAGCUGCGAGUCGGAUAUUGCAAAAUUAUCCGGAUGUGGCAACGACGACGAGCGCGUGGCCUAUGUGGAUCAGCUGAGCUGGGUGCGGGCGGGAGAUGCGGGACUGCAGGUGCAACGUGAGUUCAAUGGAAAGAGUGCCACAAUUGCUGCCGAGUUGAAGGAACGUGCCACCAACGCUUUCAAACAGAAGAAGUGGUUGGAGGCGAUGCUGCUCUACAGCAGAAGCUACGUCUCGUUGCCCAGCGACAAGGUUCUGGAGCGUGCUAUUGCUUUGGCUAAUCGCUCGGCCACCUUGUACCACAUGCAAAAGCACACCGAGUGCCUGGUGGACAUUCGACGUGCACUCGAUCUUGGCUAUCCCAAGGAUCUGCUCUACAAACUCUACGAGCGGCAGGCUCGCUGCUACAUGGCCAUAAAGGAUUAUCCGCACACCAUUAGCGCCUUCAAAAAAUGCAUUACAGCCAUGGAUGACUCCACGCUGCCUGCAGACAGACGCUCUAAGCUGCACUUGGAUGCCAUGACUAUGAUCAAAUUACUGGACGCUGAUCCACGCACGGCGAAACAAGCAGCGAAACAGCUAAAGCUAAAGGCUGCUAAUGUCAGCACAGAUCUCGAUCAGGCACAAACCUUGCCGGAUGAGAAGGAGUAUGUCAGCGAGCUGGUGCGCAUCGAUCAAAAUACUCAAGAAGGUCGCUUUGCCCGCGCCUCUGCCGAUGUCCAGGUGGGCCAGGAGCUGCUCGUCGAGCGUCCCUACGUCGCCGUCCUCCUCGAGAAGUUCGCUCAAACCCACUGCGAGUAUUGCUUUAUGCGGACUGUGGUGCCCGUGGCUUGUCCUGGCUGCUCGGAUGUCGUCUACUGCUCGGAGCAGUGUCAGCAGCGGGCUGCAUCCAAGUACCACAAGUACGAGUGUGGCAUAUUGCCGGUGCUUUGGCGAUCGGGUGCCUCGAUCAAUAACCACAUGGCACUGCGCAUCAUUGCCAGCAAGCCACUGGAUUACUUUCUGCAACUGAAGCCAACGCUGGACGAUGAACUCUCACUGGAACAGCUCUUGAGUCUUCCCAAGGACGACUUCCGUCGAGUGGCGCAUUUGGAGCGGCAUCAGAAGGAGCGUCCACCCUCGAAUUUCUUCCAGUAUGUUCUCAUGGCGCGUUUCCUAACCCGCUGCCUGCAGUCCGCUGGCUACUUUGGCAACGAUCCCCAGCCAGAGCAGGUGAAAGUGAUCAGUUCGCUGGUGCUACGCAGUCUGCAGUUUAUACAGUUCAACACUCACGAGGUGGCCGAGCUGCACAAGUUCAGCGCCGAGAGGCGGGAGAAGUCCAUCUUCAUCGGUGGUGCCAUUUAUCCAACGCUUGCGCUCUUUAAUCACUCCUGCGAUCCGGGUGUGGUCAGAUACUUCCGAGGCACCACCAUUCACAUCAACAGUGUGCGACCCAUAGAGGCAGGGUUGCCCAUCAAUGAGAACUACGGUCCCAUUUACACACAGGACAAGAGGGAUGAUCGACAAGCCAGGCUGAAGGAUCUCUACUGGUUCGAAUGCAAUUGCGAUGCCUGUCUGGAGAACUGGCCGCUCUUCGACCAGUUGCCCAGGGACAUUAUUCGCUUCCGUUGCGAGGCGCCUAACAAUUGUGCCGCCAUCAUUGAGGUGCCGCCCACCUGCAAUGACUUUAUGAUCAAGUGCGUCACUUGUGGCGAGAUGACCAACAUCCUGAAGGGUCUCAAGGUCAUGCAGGAUACGGAAAUGAUGACUCGCACGGCCAAGAGACUCUACGAUACUGGCGAUUACUCCAAGUCCCUGAACAAGUUUGUCGAUUUGCUGCGCAUCAUGUACGAGGUGUUGGCUCCGCCGUUCCCCGAUUUCUGCGAGUGCCAGCAGCAUCUGAAGGAUUGCUUCCUGAAUCUGGGCAACGUAUACAACUUGGAUUGAGAUUAUUAAUGUGGUUGUCAGAUUUGUUAAAGUGAAAUAAAGUUACAAUCAACCAAAUAUA